GGCCGGAAGUAGACGCCUGGUUCUGCAGAAGAAAGAUCCGGAGUGAGAACACUGCGGCGUGCGCGUCGAAAACGGCACAACAAAACCUUGAGCGAUGCAGACUGGGCUUGUAACGCGGCGGUCGUCCGCUGGUUUUGUGCAAUUUGCUCGCUAAGGUCGUUGACGAGCUGCCAGAUUCGGAAUAGCUCCGCAUCCAUCUUGAGUUUACUGAGAGGGAAGGUUCAAGACGACUAGGUGGCGAGGACAGUCGCGUCUGACUGUAAGGGAUGAUCGCUCAAGUUGUUAGGUGUUGACCAAUUGAUCCAUUUCGUCAUGCCGUCUCGUCAAACCCACUCAGAUUUACAAUACAAUGUAUUCUGCAUGUGAAAGUCCCGAAACUCUCUUCUAGAACGGGUACGGCACGACCAGACAGUCCAAGAACGAGGCUCUCCACGCGGUUUCUCACUACUGCUUGAUGAUGUAUGGACAGUAUCUAUCGCAGCUCCUAUACCUGGAGUACACCUGGCAAGUUAUCCACUGACCGUCGAGCUCAGUUGAACCAACAUGUGGUUAUAGAAGACUUGGGCUCUCGAGGCACUCGGAGGCCCCUCAAAGAGGUCGUCAGUGAUCUCAUCAUCAACACCAAUGCUCUAAAAUAGGAAAUUGCUAUGGUAACCGUGCUGAUGCUCGUUAAAAAGGAAAGUGGUGGUGUGUUGGGGAAAGCGGUCUCGUACUGUAGAGGCGAAAAAGCAAAAUCCAUAGCCGCAAGUUCGUGCUGUUUCGAUUCGCGGAUAGUCGUCGGACAGAGUUCUGCUACAGGCACUCGAAUCUUGAAAGUUUAAUGUUGGUUUGACGUGAGUGUCUCAUGGUCAGGAGACCCUCAGUGUGAGCGGUCGGUGUUGAAAACUCGCCGGAAGUGUGAUAGAACCAGGAAGAAGCACGCACAAGUCCAAGCGUUCGGACCGGAGAGGGGACGGCCUUCGUCCAGUCCGAUCUCUGAUGUAAGGCACUAACGGAGAAAAACGAGGCUGGGUAAGAAUCAAAAGCGCUGAUGCUGGCUGGCGGAAGCAGCACCGCGAGGCGAUUGACCCAGCAACGAGAAGAGAGAACGAAGAAGAGUUCUCGGUGUCGGAGCGCAGUCCCGCAAGAAAUCAUCAUGCGCCAAACGCUGGCAGGGACCCUGGGUGCGGCCAGAUCUCGGUUUGGUGCGAUGCCGAUGACCCUAACAUGUCAGCCGCAGUGGUAGCACACCGCCGCCCCCUGGCUUUACCAGACGUUGCCUUAGCGCGCGAACAUAGAUAGGAUCAUGGGGAGAAGAGCCUGCGCGGUUGAGAGAGAUUGUGGGAGUGGACUGGUUUCGGAUCACCGAAACGCAUGGGUUCAACGAGGCCAGCAAGCGAUGUAUAAAGAACGCGUCCAAGUCUUGCUGCUAUGCAGGAACUCUGUUCCGAGACAGACAUCGAUUGGAACUGCAGCCGAGGGUUUGACCUUUGCGUGGAAGGAGGGCCCAGAUCAAGAAAAAGUCGAGCGCGGUGGAGACGGGGAUGCUGGAAAAGUUCUCCAGUUGUAGGGACGAAAUUCAUAGAUUGAGCGUUCCUCGUCCUAUAGCCCCCUGAAUUGACAGCCAAGGAUGAAAGUCAUGAUCAAGUCAUGAUAUGUGAUGGGGAGAUAUGUUUUACGUUGUUUGCCAAUCGUCUCCGUCUCCUUCUCGUCCUCUACCCUCUCCCUUAUUUCUACACGUCGUUUAAAUAUUUCUUUGCCCUCCCCCCGAGUCUGCGCCGACCUGCGCGCCCAAUUAAUCGCCGUUUAAUCCAGUCGACCUCGAGAUGUCUUCCCUUGCAGGGCUAUCCGCGUCUGUGACCCGCAUUCUCUACUUGACCGGCUUUCCGAAGGAGCUCAAGACUAAGGACAUCCAUGCCGCCUUCUCAGAAUGGGAAUCUGUGAAUGGUGGCUUCAAGAUCAAGUGGCGCGACGAUACGAGUCUCUUGAUCGUUUUCCAGGAUGCCUCGAUAGCCAAACGAGCGUAUCUCAACACAAUCGCGUUCCCACCUGCGGCGCUGAGCCCGCCGAAUGGUCCUCCAGCCACGAUUCGCCCUUACGAUGGACCCGACGCCCAAACCGUCAUCCAAAACGUCAACAACCGCGGUCAACAUAACCCCAACAAUCCAUCGCGCGCCCAUAACGGCCGGUCCAAUUCCGUUUCUGGGUAUAGUCCUGUCGCAACCCGCCCACCGGCUGGCUCUAUUUCAUCCCGUCCCAACCCGGGUGGAUUUGCGAUAAAUGUUGGUAUUCCGAUCCCUGAGCACAGCGGCGGUG